AUGAUCGGAAAAAUUCCAAUGCAGGACAAGUUCAGCCCAGAUCCAAUGACGCGGGCUGCGUUCGAGGCCAAGCUCCAGAGGAGCAGCCGGGCCACAGAGUUCCGCGUGCCACAGUCCAUCUGCACCAUGUUCAACGUGAUGGUGGACGCCAAGGCCCAGUCCGCCAAGCUGUGUGCCAUGGACCUGGGGCAGGAGAAUCAGGACCGGAUUGAGGAGCUGAAGAAGUUCAUCGAAAAGCAUCGUCACCACAUCCGGAUGCUGGAGACCAUACUGAGGAUGCUGGACAACGACUCAGUGCAGGUGGACUCCGUCAGGAAGAUCAAGGAUGAUGUGGAGUAUUACCUGGACUCGUCGCAGGACCCAGACUUCGAGGAGAACGAGUUUCUCUACGACGACCUGGACCUGGACGAGCUCACUCAGACGCUGCUCGCCACCUCCCCACCCGGACAGCUGGAGGACGAGAUCUUCCCGCACUCCAGCAGCACCCCCACCUCCACCACCUCCUCUUCACCCAUCCCCCCCUCGCCUGCCACUUGCACUACGGAGAACUCUGAAGAUGACAAGAAGAGGGGACGGUCAACAGACAGUGAAGUCGGUCAGUCACCUGUGAAGAACGGAAACCCCUCCUCUUCAUUAUCCUCUUCCUCCUCCUCCUCCUCUUCUUCCUCUUCUUCUUCCUGCUCCUCUUCUUCAUUCGUGUCUGGACUGACCUCGUCCUCUCUCGUCUCCAUGGCGCCCAUCACGGGGGGAGGACCGGGGGCCAACAGUCACCUGGGCAGCUUGGGGGGCCUCCUCUCCAACACGUCGGCCGGCAGCUACAGCAACGCCACCCAGCAGCCUCCGCACCCGUCGGCACAGCAACAGCAGGCCAAAAGCUUAGUGAGCUCCGCCCCCUCAGCUCCCAUCUCCAUCCCUAUCAGCUCCACCAACAGCCACAUGGCCUCCUCCGCCUCUUCUCCCCCCAACGCCAUCACGCAGGGGCUCUUCACUUCCAGCUCCCAGGCCCAGUCUCUGUCGGGGCCCACGUCCACCUCCAACAGCCUGGGCCUCAGCCUGGGCCUCUCGCUGGGGAAAGGCGGCAUGUCCAUCCCCACCAGCUCCAUGUCCGGGAGCCUGGGCCUGUCAGGGAUGCAGGCGUCCCUGAGCAACAUGGCGAGCCUCCUGUCGGGCUCCACCCCGGCCCCCUACGCUCAGGCUGCCUCCUCAGGGGCCAUCGGCUCCGGCCUGCCCGGCUCUCUAGGUGGCAUCGGCAUCAGCCCCUCCACCUCCAACAGCGCAGUGGGCUCCAUCGGCAGCGGCAGCAUCACGGUCGGUGGGCCAACCUCCUCCUCGGGGGGGCUGCUGGGCCCGGCGCCGGGGCUGAGUGGCAUCAGCUCCGGUAUUCUGGGUCUGGGCUCUGGGCAGUCGGGGAUGCAGGGGUCCUCCCUCAUGUCGCUCAGCCCGGUCGGAGGGUUAGCGCCCGGUAGUGGAGUGGGGGUCAUCGGGAGCAACGGAGGCAGCUCGGGAUCAGCAGGGAGUGGAUUGGUGGGGGGGAACAUGUCGCUCUCCGGCAGGCCGCCCAGCCAGCAGAAGCAGAACGGUAGCACCAGUUACAGCGCUGUGUUAGCAGACAGCACAACAGACUCCGCCCUCACCAGUGCCAGCCAAUCUCUCAGCAGCCAAUCCUCGUGUCUGACCUCCACAGCCAAUCAGACUAAGGACACUGGUUCCAGUCUGCUGGGCUCCAUCUGUUUGUCGUCCAGCUCCCCGUCGCAGGCCUUCUACAGCGAGGCCAAGACGGUGAGCGGCGGCAGCCUGCUGAACGGACCCAUGUCCUACUCACAGUCCUCCGACAGCAUCAAGCCCCAGGAGACUCUGAGCAGCCUGAAGUCCAUGGCCGAGCGAGCAGCACUCAGCUCAGGGAUGGAGGGAGACGUGCCCUCCCUGCACCUCACCCCAGUCUCUCUCUCCUGUCUGUCUUCAGACAUUUUCCCCAGCAGCACUACGGCCCAGUCAGGCCCCUCGUCAGCGCCUCAGCUCUCGCUGUCGGAGGUCAGCAUCCCCCCGUCACUGGGGGUGUGCCCGCUGGGGCCCGUCCCCCUCUCCAAAGACCAGCUCUACCAACAGGCCAUGGAAGAGGCGGCGUGGACGCACAUGCCCCACCCGUCCGACUCAGAGCGGAUCAGGCAGUACCUGAUGAGGAACCCGUGCCCCACCCUGCCUUUCCACCACCAGGUGCCCCCGCCCCACUCCGACACUGUAGAGUUCUACCAGAGGCUUUCCACGGAAACCCUCUUCUUCAUCUUUUACUACCUGGAGGGCACUAAGGCCCAGUAUCUGGCAGCCAAGGCCCUGAAGAAGCAGUCAUGGAGGUUCCACACAAAGUACAUGAUGUGGUUCCAGAGGCACGAAGAACCCAAGACCAUCACGGAUGAGUUUGAGCAGGGAACGUACAUUUACUUUGAUUAUGAGAAAUGGGGCCAGCGCAAGAAGGAAGGCUUCACGUUUGAGUACCGGUACCUCGAGGACCGAGACCUCCAGUGACCCGCAUCGAGGAACACACACACACACACACACCCACACACACACACAGACGAAGAGACGGACAGCUGAGGAAGUGUGAGAGGGACAGACGGAUGGAGAAGGCUGCUCCACCUGCUGACAUUCCUCGAUUUGCCCUCGACUCGUUGGGGACAUGGACCCUGCCUCAUCAUCCUCCCCCCCCCAGCAGGGACACCUCCUCCCACCCUGUCACCCCUCCUCCUCCUCCUCCUCCUCCCCUCUAUCAUCAGGUCUUUUAUUCCCAUCUUUUCCUGAACCAUAUCUCUCUUUAAACAACAAGGCUUUGUUUUAGCACAAAGAAUUUAUAAUCCAACUAUCAUGUGCUCUCCCCCCUCCAUUUUGUUUCUCUCUUUGUGUUGGCUUUCAAACGUUAUCUUCUAUUAGCCCCUUUAAGAACCAAAGACGAUUGGUUCAUCAUUAACUGCUGGCUCUAAAACAGGUAUCAUCAGCAGGGUGGGAUUCAAGGGAAAUGUGUUAUUGGAGUUAUUGUAAAUUCAGCUAGAUUAGGGAGAAAAUGGUCAUAGGUGAUGUGAACUGACUUGAGAUCAGCCAUGACAGGAGCUUAACGACACGUAAUAUAUCACGUGGAAAUAUAUUUUGGUCUCUGCCAUGUUCUCCACUAUAUCUAAUAAACUGGCAACGAAGUGUUUGUUAUUCAGGCAAGCGCGCUUCACAUACCUAAUAACGUUUUGCGUUAUAUCAUUUUUCCAGUGGUGCGAGAGACCUUUUUGGAUGACUUUUGAAAGUCUGUAUUUAAUUAUUAUUAGAAAAGCACCAACCCAGAGGCUCUCUGCUGCCUACCGUCAUGAAGGAGUCAUUAAAACCUUUUUUUCCCGUUCAAAUAUGUCACUGGUGACUUAGUGCUAAUAAAUAGCUUUUCGAUUUAGGGUUUUGAAUAUACCAACGCUAUCUAAACGUUACUAGGAAAUGUGAUUAAUGCUAUGCAAUCAGUUUGUGCACAGAGAGGCAUCACUUCCCGAAACAUUCAUAUUUCAAAUGAAAAGCGUGUCCCCCGUUAUUAUUUGUUUGCAGUGAUACAAACACUUUCCUCCCCCCAAAGAGAAGCCCGUGACAGCGGCUGCAUUUCAAGAUUUGUGUCGUUAAGUUUUUGUCAUUUGUUGUCUCUUGGAAGUUUAACCUAUAAUCAAAUGCUCGGGUACAAUUCUGUCAAAACGCAAGAUCAACCUUGCGUUUUUGGUAAUUCAGUAACAUUCUCCUGCCCUCCUUUUUGUUCAUCUCCAUCACCUCAACUCUGCUGAGCGUCUCCCACUGUGCGGUGGCUCUAUCGCAGACGUAACACCAACACAUCGUCUGUUCACCAGCGUAGAAAAUAAACCAGCACCGCCUGCCAAAUGUGGGUAAACGUUGGUGGGAGGUGGCGCCACAGGCCUCUCGCAGGAGAAGUGGCUGCUGCUUCAUUUUGGGAUUCUUCCAGCUGCGGUGGUGUUAAAACCUCGCGCCCUGCUCCCUCCCAUCGGGCAGAGGGGUGAGGUGUGACACUAAGAGGUGAUGGUAGUAACUCGGGCAGUUACAACACUUGAGAAUAUGUCAGAAAUGUAUUUAAAAUUCAGCAUUUUUCCCACACACGUUCACAAAUGUCAGCAGUUCACCUUGUUUCUUUAAAGUAAAGGCUCAAUUCACCCAACUCACAACGAAGAAAAGGAAUUUAGCAAAUGUUUCCUCUACUGGUGUCUGGUCAUGCUUAUGGAGUUUUGUUUUUUAUUUUCCAGUGCUUUGAGGCGAUUUAGAGACUUCUGCCUCUCUUCAAUAUGGAGCGCCAGCCAUUAGCUUAGCUUAGCAUAAAGACUUGAAAUGGGCAAACAGCUAGCCUGGCUAUAUCCAACGGGUACAAAUGUAGCUUGACCCAUUAACACCUUAUAUACUGUACUGCUUGUUUAGUUUGUUUUAAAACCAGUUUGGGGUUUUAAAGUGAUUCUGGGCUUUUAAAGUGAUUCUGGGCUAUUUCCUGAUUUGUUAAACUAACUUCCUGUUUUCCCAAUGUUCCCAUACACCACUCCCUGUAGAGCCACAAAUGUUGUUGUGUUUCCCUUUUUUAAAUUUUUUUUAUUAUUCAUUUGACCUAUUAUUUCCAGUCUUUGUUGCCAUCUCAAGCUAACCAGCUGCUGGCUGUAGAUUAAUCUAAAUAGCAAAAAAGGACAUUUCCCAAAACGUUGGGUGUAUUUCUUUGUUUUUCAAUGAAUUGGUAAAUAAUGACAUCUCCAGAAUCAAACUCCUUAAAUAACACUUGUUGUAUUUCAAACCUGGAAAAGCAUCUGCAUGACUAGCUACCAGUAGAGGUUGAAGUGAUGAUGAUGGUGUGUUUCUGUUGAACACUGAAGGCUCCAGCAGGGAUCACAGUGAGAGUCGUGGGUGUCGAUGCUAACAGCAGCUGGACCGACAGUUUGUUAGUCUCCCCCCUUCCUUCCUCCCUCCCUCCCUCCCUCCCCCACAAACUGAGCAACACCAGCACUGCUGCCCACACCUCCUCUGUCCUCCAGCUCCGUGUUUACACACUGAACCGUUUCCACUGGGCACACAACACACACACUGCCCUGUCCUGUCCUCACCACCACCAACAAUUCAUGAUUUCUCUUUCCUCAAUCCUAAACUUUUUUUUGGUUCACUUGACUUUUGAUUCUCACAAUUCCUAUUUUCCGAAC